CACCUGGGCCGUGUGGUUCCAGACUGUGUGGAGCUGCAGGAGAUGAUCUGUGAACUCUGUAUGAACAAAAACCCUUUCCUCUGGACCUACGCUGCUCACCUAUCAGUUCCAGGUGCAGCAGUUCAGGUGAAGGAGGAAAGAGAUGCAGACGAGUCGAACACAAACCUUCCUAUCAAAGAAGAAAAGGGUGAUGAGAUCAGCGAGCCCAGCUGUAAGCGAAGCCGCGAGGAGGUGGAGCCGAGCUGCAGACUGAUGGAGCUGCAGACGAUUGGUCAGAAAAGAGUCCAAUCAGGAGCCGUGUUCUGGCCGUCAGGCUGGCGUUCCAAACUCUGCUCCUGUACCACCUGCAAGGAGUGUCUGUCUGAAGCCGGUCUGUCCUUCCUGUUGGACGAGUCGGACACCGUCCUUGCCUACGAGAACAAAGGAAAGACCAACGAGCAGAGACAGCAAAGUCACGACCCUCUGAUGUCAGUGCUGGACAACUUGAACCACGUUCAGCAGCUGGAGAUCAUCCACGGGUACAAUGACAUGAAAACUGAACUGAAGGACUUCCUGCAGAGAUUCGCAGAAGAAGGAAAGGUUGUGACUCCUGAUGACAUCCGUCAGUUCUUCGAGCAGCAGAGUCGAAAGAGACGGCGAGAUGAUGCCGGAUGCUUCUACCCGAACUAAAGACCUUUAAACCUUUUGUGUUCUCAGUUUUCUAUCUUCAGGUUACUUAGAAGCUGACUUCCUGUUUUUAAUGUAUGUUUCAGUGGUCACCAACAUUAUUGUCUCUGUUUCCUUUUUAAUGAAAACUAAUAAAACUGAGCUGAACAAUGA